CUAACACUCAAAAGUUCUACUAAUAUUAACUACACCUAAAAAACGUUGAAUUUGCUUUUGUAACAACAAUUUUCAUGGUAGGUAUUAACUCAAGAAUGAAUGGUAAUUAUGAACAUUAACAACUAUUCUGUCCAUAUUUUCUCAUAAGUCAUAGCUCUCAUAAGGAAUUGGCAUUCUUCUUGAGAAUACUGAAGCAAAAAUUGGUCUCAAAAUCCAGAUGAAAAAGAUCUGGACGAGAGCUUGACAAUUGCGAGAAAUCAAAUUUGAGGCAAAGGAGGAGAGAUCACAAAAUGAUAAAAUCAGAGCGGAUAUUUAGCAGCGAUGUGUUCUCCUCACGACGUUAAUUCUUGAGGCAUCGUCGUGCUCAUUUUGUAUUUUGACGGUCGUUUGCGCAGUAGAGGCCGGAGAUAUCCAGUUCCUACACCACAAAAGAACUAAUUGCAGCUACCAGAAUGCAUCUUCAGCACAGCUCAGGGAGGUGAUUAUCCUGACAAUCCGCUUUCACACCAGCAUGGAUCUGAAAAUAUAUCACCUUUUGAGGUAUCUGGUGCCUCUCCUGUGUAUGAUCAGUCAAAGCCGGAGGUACCUGCAGGCUCACUAUUGCCACUUCUGCAGACGCCCAGUGAUUAUAGCUUGGGUUUUGUGCCACCCAUGCUAGGGCCCCAACUUGUACGUAUUGAGGGACCAGAACAGCAAGUGUGUCAUUGUGGCCCUAAAACAUCUCUACUCUCCAUAUUUCAUUCUAAAGGUGGGAAUUCUCAAGCUCCUUCAAUGUCGUGCUCUAAUUCAUCUGUGGCUCAACCCAUAGGCCUUGCGCAGAGUUCUGUCACCGUGCCUCCGCACUUGUUUCCUUUAGUCCGGCAACCAUUUCCUCCUAAUUAUAUUCCGUAUAACCCUUACAUUCCCCAUCUUUACAUGCCACAGAGUGCUCACCAGUUUCUGGGCCCGAGUAGCUUCCCUCAGCAACCUUCUGCUGCCAACUUUUAUAUGUCACCAUCAGUUACUGCUGCUGGUGUCAAACUACCUCUUCCGUCUCUGUACAAACCAGCAGCUAUUGCUGGAAACUUAAACCACUUCGGCGUUCCUACUAGCUACAGUUCAUAUGGGUCCUCAACUGUCUCAUACAGUGCAACUACAGCUCCUGUUUGUUCAGCUAGCAAUGAUGAUCUCAGUGCAUCUGAGCUGAAAGAAAAGAAUGUUUACUCCAUGCAAAAACAGAAUGAAGAUUCCCAUUUCAGGACCUCGGCAACUGGACAUGAUCUAUCAAUGCUGCAGGCUAAUCACUUUUAUAACUUCCCUCAGGACCAGCAAGUUGGUUUUGCACCAGCACAUUCUGCUAAUAGUUCUUUUCCUGGAAUUAAUCCAUCUCAGACAAUAGCUGUACCAUCAAAUGUUCAGCCCCUGGUCCAGCAACCUCAAACUGUUACCAGAUCAGUUGAAUCUGACCUUCCUACAUCUGGUGCUUGUCAACAACCCCAAGCAAAUAUUCAUAGGAACAACAAAUUGUUGAACAGAGAAAACCUCGAAGAAUAAAGACCAUAACUACACUUUCUGUUUGCAUCACUCAAGUUUGCAAUAUAGACAUCACUGAUAGAUCAAAGCCAUCCUCUUCCAAGUGUAUAUAAGAUGUGGCUGGAAACUAGGCACUCUCAGUGAGAUCACGUUGGAACGUAGAAUUUUUAACCUUUGGAGCUAAAACAGGGUUUCUUGCUUUUGAUAGUUAGCAGUUAGCUUUCCUCAAUUCCCUAAUCUUCUUGAGACUGACCGAGGUUUUUUGAAAUAUGAGUGGAGCAGGUGAAAUAUCUUAAUUGUUUCCAUUGCCCCUUCUAGCUUGUAUAUCAAAUUUUGACUAGACAGAUACUAUUACAUCUUGAAACGCUUGACAUUUGCGCCUCUGUAACUAUAAAGAUAGCACAUAUCCGCUAUUCCCCUUUCUCCUCUCUCCAAUUUACUCGUGGUGGCAUUUGAUCCU